AUGAGUGUGCAUAGUGGCGGUGAAGAACCGCCGCCGGAACCCGGAGAAAAGCGAAGAAGAAUACACACUGCAGGCGGGAAUGCCGAUUCGCAUAAGUAUAAAAUGUUUACGAAGCCUAACUAUAAGCGUUUAUUCAUAGAAAACAAUAACACCGAGUUCACAGUCUACGUACAAUCCACAGAAGAUGAAAAGUUAGGGAACAAGAACCCCAUAACACUCACCAACCUGAUCACAGAUCAGGUGAAAGAUGUUAUAGGGGUUCAUAGAAUUAAUGCGCAUAAAAUAGGGAUUACAUUUCGAAAAGCUGCAGCAGCAAAUAAUUUCCUGAAAAUGGAGGACUUUUUAUGGAUACAUAAGAUGAAAGCAUUUAUCCCAUCAAACCUCACUGAAAGAGUUGGUGUGUUGAGGUAUGUACCGAAGGACUUAUCCAACGAAGAGAUUUACAAAAGUAUGGUGUGCGACGCCGAAGUCGUAUCUAUCAAAAGAUUUAUGAGGAAAGUAGAAGGUAAACUCGUGCCUCUAAACACUAUUUCAGUAACUUUCGCCUCUACAACUCUACCACAUAAACCAGAUAAUUAUAUUAUAUACACAGAUGGCUCUAAAACAGAUCAUAAUGUAAGGGCAGCAUUUUAUGAUCCACAACUGGACUUUACUAAAUGUAUAAAAUUAAAUGCAGCAUGUAGCGUUUUCACUGCAGAAAGCUAUGCUAUUUAUUGUGCAUUACAACAUGCAAUUUCUGUAAAUAAUGUACAUACAAUUCUCAUAGUUUCGGAUUCUAAGAGUGUACUAUCUGCUUUAAACAAUGUAAAUAUGUCUUUUAAGCUUAAUUAUAUAUUAUAUGAAAUUAGAGUUAAGACCAAACAGUUACUGGAUAAGUUUAUUAAUGUAGAGUUCGUAUGGGUGCCUUCGCACAGUGGCAUACCCGGAAAUGAAAUUGCUGACGCUGCAACACAUUGGGAACAUUAUGAUGACCAGACAGAGCUUGUGAAGGUUCCAUUUUCAGAUUACCACAGCCACAUCAAAGAGAUCAACCGUAAAUUGUGGAAUGACUACUGGACACUAACCCUAGAAAAUAGAGGCAAGUGGUAUGCAGAUAUCCAAAAAGAAUUACGAAGAAAACCAUGGUUUAAUAAUUGUGAUUAUAAUAAUAGAAGAUUUAUAACAACUAUAACUCGCAUGCGAUUAGGACACUGCUUAACGCCAGCUCACUUGAACAGAAUAAAUGUAUAUAACGAUAGCCGAUGUAAAUACUGUGAUGCUGAAGUUGCUGAUCUGGAUCAUAUUGUUCUGAAAUGUGCAAAUUUUAAUAUCCAACGUUUAAUUUUAGUAAGCGAAAUAUGUGAAUGUGAAGAAAUUCAACAAAGUGUUCCCCGCCAAGUUCAGGAACUACUUGCCAACAAGAAGUUUUAUAAGACAUUGUAUAAAUAUAUAUAUAACACAGUAGAAAAAAUAUAAAAAGGUGUUAAGUUAAGAGUAUUGUAUUGCAAAUAAGUAGGUUUAAGAUUAUUUUUUCUUUGUAAUUUAGAAAUAUUUUAAAAAUUAUCCAUGUUUU